CGUUUCAAGAUGGCGACUGCAGAGGACUUGAAAGACGUUUUAAAGGAGACUCUCGAACAUCGUGGUGUUCUUGGUCAAAUAAAAGCUAGAAUCAGGGCAGAAGUCUUCAAUGCUUUGGAUGACCAGAACGAAGAGAAGCCCAGUCUUUCAAACGAGAACAUGUUAAUGAAUGAAUUAAUCCGCGAGUACUUAGAGUUCAACAAAUAUAAAUACACAUUGUCAGUUUUGAUGACAGAAAGUGGACAGCCAAAAGAACCGCUGGAUCAUCAAUUUCUCGCAAAAGAACUAAAUAUAACCGAAGAUAAUGGGACUACUUCAGUGCCUUUGUUGUACGGAAUGUUGGCUCAUUUCAUGAAGGGAAAUCGCUCGAGAAACGAGUUUCAACCAACAGCUCGGGUUAACCAUAGCGACGACAUUUACCCCAAAUCAGAUUAUAACGAAGACCAUCACCCUCGUAAACCAGCUUCGAUCAGUAUAACCAGUGGAAAAAGGUGACAUGAUCCGUUCGAGUGGCAUAGACCUUGUAAGCCUGGACCAAUAUAACAUGCUUAGGAAAAUAUUCACAAUUUGUCGUGCUCGAAAUCCGUCAAAAACGAAGCAAAGCUUUGCAUGUAAUGAAAAAUUGAUGUGAAUCUGGUAUAUCCCCACUGUAUUUAUUCAACUGU